AUGAAGCACUUUCUACGAGGUGAAACUGAAGAAAUUGUAAAUGACCUGAACUUCAUGGCUUCUUUUGAUGAUGAUGGUGAUGUGAAUGAGACCAUUGGCAUUGUCGAACUCCCUCCAGAUAGCACCUAUCCUGAUACAGCAGAAAUUGGACAGCGAGAAUCUAAUUUGGUAGCAGCAUUAAAAGGAAAAUCUGCUCUUGAGUGCUUCGAAGAAUUUUUUGAUGAACUGGUACUGAACUUGAUUGUCAGUGGAAGCAUACUACUCUUCACUGGAUACCACGCUCUUCCACAGGAAAAGCUAUACUGGAAUGAAGAUGAAGACUCUGACAUAAGGUGUGUACGACAGUGUAUGAGACACAACAGCUACCUGGAAACAAAGUGCCACCUUCAUUUCAAUGAUAACACACAUCUGAACAGAAUCCCACCUGGUGAAAGGGAUAAACUUUUUAAAACUCAUCCGUUGAUGGAUUUACUGAAUAAUAAUUUCAUGACAUUUCAAGUUUUUUCUGACAGCCUGAGCAUUGAUGAGCAAAUGUGGACCAUGUGCUGUUCUCAAAGCAGUUUCUGUUACCACAUGUCAGUCUAUGAAGGAAAAUCGAAGGAUACAAAUGAUGUUUCUGUUCCGGGGCUUGAUGGAUCAGUAGUGUUGAAUAUGAUUUCUUUUCUGCAGACUCCUGAACUUCACAAAAUAUGUUUUGAUAACUUUUGUAUGAGCUUCCGUUUGAUAAAAUGGCUCUCAGAAAUGAGAGUAUGGGUAUCUGGGACUGCCUGUAUGAAGUGA